AUGCAUUUCUUUCGUUCAGUGGUAGGACUCGUUUCCAUCCUGCUCUCGGAAACACUCGCUGCUCCUUCAGAUCUCAGAUCGAGAGACCUGAACUCGUUCAUUGCUGCGGAGAGAGCAAUCGCGCUUCAAGGUGCUUUGAAUAAUAUUGGUCCCAAUGGCUCAGCUGUACCUGGCGCAGGAGCUGGCUUCGUCGUAGCUUCCCCUUCGAAAGUCAACCCAGACUAUUUCUUCACAUGGACGAGAGAUUCUGCUCUUACCCUGAAGAUGCUCAUCGACGAGUUCAUCUUCGGAAAUACUGCCUUGCUGCCAACUAUCUGGGGCUAUGUCCACGCUCAAGCAAAGUUGCAAACUGUCUCAAACCCAUCCGGAACCUUCCUUCCAGCCGGUUUAGGGCUUGCGGAACCAAAAUAUCAGGUUGAUGGCACGAGAUUCAACGGCGCUUGGGGACGGCCUCAGCGAGAUGGCCCAGCUCUCAGGGCUAUUGCUCUGAUGACUUUCAGUAAUUGGUUGAUUGACAAUGGCCAAAAGAGCACCGCGAAGACCAUUAUCUGGCCUAUUAUCUCCAAUGACUUGAGCUACGUCGGGCAGUACUGGAACCAAACUGGCUUUGAUCUCUGGGAAGAGACUCUGGGGUCCAGCUUUUUCACUGUUCAAAACCAACACCGGUCACUGGUCCAAGGCGCUCAACUUGCGAAAGACCUCGGCGUGACCUGCACCGGCUGUGAUCAGGCCCCAGAGCUUCUCUGCUUCCUUCAAAGUUUCUGGAACGGCGAAUACAUUGUCUCCAACAUCAAUAUUAACAACGGCCGAACUGGUCUUGACGGAAACUCGAUUUUGGGUUCUAUUUCCGUUUUCGAUAUCGAUGCAUACUGCAAUAGCCCAACUAUUCAGCCUUGCAACAGCCAGGCUCUUGCAAACUUCAAGGUCUUGAUGGACACUUUCAGAACGACGUAUACGAUCAACAAUGGUAUUCCAGAGGGCCAAGGAAUUGCUGUUGGCCGAUAUGGUGAAGAUGUGUACCAGGGUGGUAAUCCUUGGUACCUCAUCACCAACGCCGCAGCAGAAUUCCUCUACGAUGCUGUCGCCCAAUGGAAAGCCCGCCACAACCUCAUCGUAGACGAGACCUCCCUCGCCUUCUUCAAAGACCUCUACCCCACCGUCACAGUCCGCCAAUACAAUAGCGGCAACGCCAACUCUCCCUUCGCGCAGAUCAUGAACGCCGUAACCGCCUAUGCGGACUCCUUUGUUGCCGUAGCCGAGAAGUACAUUCCCGCUGAUGGGCAUCUCGCUGAGCAGUUCAACCGCGACACCGGCGUUCUCCUCUCAGCGGUCGAUCUCACCUGGUCCUACGCUGCUUUCGUAACCAUGUCUCAACGUCGUGCUGGCCAAUACCCCGCAUCCUGGGGAACUCGCAACGCCACAGCGCCACCCGCAACAUGUGCAGCAACCUCGACGCAAGGCAUCAACGUGGUAUUCAACGUGAAUGCGUCGACCUACUUUGGGGAGAACAUCUACGUGAUCGGCAACACCGACGAUCUCGGCGCCUGGGAUAUUGCCAACUCGUUACCGCUUGGCGCGGGCGGAUAUACUUCCGAGCGGCCGCUGUGGAGCGCCAGCGCGUAUCUGAAUGCGGGCGAGAGUGUGAGUUAUAAGUAUGUGAGACAGGAGAACUGCGAUCAACCUUAUAUUUAUGAGACGCUGAAUCGGACGCUCACAGUGCCUGCUUGUGGGAGUGCGAGUAUUACGGAGGAGGAUGCGUGGGUUGGGCCGGUGGGGACGAGUGGGAAUUGCUAG